AUGCGUGCAUCUCGUGGUAUAUGGAAUGUCGCGAUCUUGCGGCGGGAACGAAUGGAGUGGAAUGCCGGCGCUCUCAUCACUGUUUUGGCCGUCCUGGGGGGUGCGAGUCUGCAACGCCUGAUCCACAUGAGCUUCGAGAAUUGCGUGCCACUUCGAGACAGCCUAAACGUCUCAUCUGCCGCCAACUCUGGCAGCAACCUUUGGGCUAAAGUCUAUCCGGCAGGCUCUUUGAGAAGAGUCUAUGCUGUCCGAUGCCUUGCAUCAUUGGUCGAUCGACAAACAGGCAUUCUGCACACAACCAACCUCGUCCCAAUGAACAGUCUGUACGAGGGCUGGAGAAAAUGCUUCGAGGGCGGAGGAAACGAUAGGAAGCUAAGAUCAAGACUAGAGAAGAUGGGAAGGAUGAAACCACUACUCUGGCCUGCUCCGAUCAAGGAAAUGGCUCUCUGGGACAUAGUGGGUGCCGUUGGGGUACCGAUGCCCUGGGGCCGUCAUCAGCUCUCAAAGCAAGAAUUUGUCUUUUUGUCUUUUGUCAAGGACGAUUUUCCCCGGACCCUGAAUAAUGCCCUUCAUACUCCAGCUCUCAAUGAACAGCAAAAUAGCCAUCGAUCAAUCCUAUGGUUGAGACUAGUGAUAGAUGCGAACCUCAGUCGGUUUUGGUUCCAGGUCGGACUCGACUCAGCAUCGCUACUAAAGAGCGAUCGUUCUACGGGGGCUGUUCUCGUGGACUAG